CAUUUUUUGAUGUAACAAUAGCAUCCAACCACUCCCUCUCUCUCUCUCUCUCUAGGUUUCAAUUGGUGGAGCUCUCCAAUAAUAUCUUCCAACAUAAAAUUUAAAAAAUUCCUCAUUUUUUUUUUCUCUUCAAUUCCAAGAACAACAAGUGAAUAGUGCUUAUUCCAUCUCCAAAAUUAGUUUGUAAGAUUUCUUGAAGGUCUGAAGAAAGAUAAUAGUUAUCAUCUAAUAACACGGCUUCUCAACAGGAUGGCAAGGGAGAAGAUAAAAAUAAAGAAGAUAGAUAAUAUAACAGCAAGACAAGUGACAUUUUCAAAGAGGAGAAGAGGGCUUUUUAAGAAAGCUGAAGAGCUUUCUGUUCUUUGUGAUGCUGAUGUUGCUCUUAUCAUUUUCUCUGCUACUGGGAAGCUAUUUGAUUUUGCUAGCACCAGCAUGAAGGAUAUUCUUGGAAAGUAUAAGUUGCAGUCAGCUAGCCUUGAGAAAGUUGACCAACCUUCCCUUGAUUUACAGCUAGAGAAUAGCCUCAACAUGAGAUUAAGCAAGCAGGUAGCCGAUAAAACUCGUGAGCUCAGGCAGAUGAGAGGUGAGGAACUUGAAGGAUUGAGUUUAGAAGAAUUACAACAAAUUGAGAAAAGACUUGAAGCUGGUUUCAACCGUGUGCUUGAGAUUAAGGGUACACGAAUUAUGGAUGAAAUUACCAACCUUCAAAGAAAGGGUGCUGAGCUGAUGGAAGAAAACAAACAAUUGAAAUACAAAAUGGAAAUUAUGAAGAAAGGGAAGUUGCCCUUACUGACUGACAUGAUGAUGGAAGAAGGCCAAUCAUCUGAGUCUAUAAUUACAACCAAUAAUCCUGAUCAAGAUGAUUCCUCAAAUGCAUCUUUGAAGUUAGGUGGUACUACUGCAGUUGAAGAUGAUUGCUCAAUUACAUCUUUAAAGUUAGGGCUACCAUUCAGCUAGCAAACUCAAAGGGGGGAGAUUUUGUUGAAGAUUGUACUAGUAAUAAUUUUUGGAUGAAAACAAUGAGUGGCAUAAUAUAUUUGCCUCUUUUGGAAAAAUAUACAUUGGAAUAUAAUUGUCACUGCUUCUACUAUGUAUUUUAUGUAUGUGGAUGUACAACUUGACAAAGGGCAUAAUGCAGAUUUAUUAACCAUCUCAUUUUGGGUCUUG